AUGGCAAACCAGGUUGAAGUGCUACAAACAUUGACCUCUAGUCUGCGUGAAAUUCAGGAUAGAAUAGUCAAAAAUCAGAUAUCUGCUCAACGGGAGAGCCUUGGAGAUACGAUCAAGAGCUCUCCAGAUUUUCAAAGACUCGAACCUCAUGAGAAAGCAUCAGUACUUGCAUUGCUCAAGCGCUUCCGUGACAGCCACGAUGACGAAGAGCUCCUGCGCUACUACAAAGCGGUCAUGCGCUUCAUCACUGGUUCGAGGGCCUCCGUACUAGAAGAGCCUCAAGUUCUCCUGGCAGUGACUGGGUCGCAAAUCGCAGAGGUAGAUUUAUGGAGAGGAGUUGAUGAUACAAUCCUCGGGUUGCUCCAGUACAGAGUUAUCUCGGACAGAAGAGACAUGAUUGCAGACCCCUACAGCUCGUCAUGCGAGUGGGCUUUUCAGUACCCCACCGGGCAUGAGACACACGCAAGUCUCUCCGAGUGGCUCACAUGCGGAUCAGGGAUCUUUCUACUCUUAGGGAAUGAAGCAUCGGGCAAGUCAACAAUCAUGAAGUACAUCUUGAGACACGAGCGAACACGGCAGUGCCUCAAGCAGUGGGCCGGAACCGACAAGUUAUUGACUGCGCCGUUUUUCUUUUGGUGCCAUGGAACUGAACUAGAGAGGGCUGAGGAGGGACUGCUGCGUUCUCUGCUCUACAGCGUCUUGCUCCAGGAUACCAGGUUGGCACCUAUUAUCUUUCCAUCGGAAUGGACCACGUUAUAUUCAUCGAUGUCGAGCGGGAAUGACUCAUCAGACCCAGGCUUCGGACCGUGGAAGAUAGAAGGACUCAGACGCGCUUUUCAACAACUUAUCCGACAAGACCAAAUACCGCUCAAAUUGUUCUUUCUCAUCGAUGGCAUAGAUGAAUAUGAUUCGGUAUCUGACAUAGAGAGAUUUCCUGAUUUCAUCAAGUUUUUAUCUGUCGAGCUUGCAGCGUCGAAGAACACGAAAGCUCUCCUCUCAAGUCGGCCCCUGGAAGAUCUUAAGCAGCUGAAGGCGGAGGCAAGCUUGAUUCUGCACCAACUGAACCAUAACGACAUUGAACUAUAUGCCCGAGAGGCUCUUGAAAGAGAUGAAAACUAUCGAGCGAUAAGGGAGUUGAACCCCGAGAGGUCAGAAGAGGUUCUUAGGUACAUUGCUAGAGGAUCGGAUGGAAGUUUUCUAAGGGCCAAACUUGCCGUCCAGAUUAUAACGCAGAAACUUGAAGCAGGUGGUGAGCCGUGGGAAACCGAAUACAACCUUCUCGGACCAGCUUCCCAAGAAUGGUAUCGCGUUAUCUGGUCAACGCUGGACAGGUUCACAAAGUCUUAUGCGUCUCAGAUCUUGCAAAUCUUACUGGUUGGAACUGACCAGAGAUAUGGUGGACCAAAUUUCAAAGACUCGAUGACCCUCAUCGACCUUGCGCUGGCUGUGGGUGAUCCCAAUACGACAAUUGAAGCAAGUAUUAGGCCGUGGAAUCUUGGACAGUUCCAAAUCAAGUGCGACCAGAUCGCCAGUUCGUUCACGAAGAAAUGGCCGGGGUUUAUCAAUGUUGAUCAAACUGCGGGUCACAAGGGAUGGAAUGCGGCAUCACGUAUCCAGUAUUGCCACCGGUCUGUGCCCGAGUUUCUUGCGCAAGAAGAGACCCGAAGGCUCCUUCUCGAUGCUACGAAAGGCCUGGAGUAUGAUUUCACUCCCAGGAUAGCCCACUUGAAGUCGGUCGUGCAGCACUUGAAAGUUCUUCCCAGUCCACUACCAAAGGAGCCAGCGAGAUGCCUAUGGAAUCUGGCGACACAGGGGCUUCUGGCAGCUAAGCAGAUCGACCAGAGCGACGAGGCCAAAAAGGAAACCUAUACGAGGCUACUUUCAGAGUUGGACCGUACAAUGGAGCACCAUCAUAUUGCUCUGCAGAGAGGGCCGGACGGGAAAUUUCUGGAAUCAAGACUACAAGAUCCCCACGGGCUCGUAGCACUCCGCGAUCGAGGGCUAGACGCAAGGCGGGUAGCCAAAAUGCACUGGUCAAACUUUCACUUUGAUCCCAAGUGCUCUCAUGACCGGUUCUGGAAUGACUCAUUUCUUUCGCUUACUAUUCAGUUUGGACUGAAUAAUUACGUCAAGAAGGCUCUCGACCAGGGAAGCAAAAUCUCCCAGAGAAAGCGAGGACGGCCACUGCUGAGCUACGCGUUGUGCCCUCUACCAGUCGCACCGUAUGGCCUUAUCACGCAAGCCAUGGUCGAAAUUUUGUUGGAACAUGGCGGCAGUCCGAACCAGAAAUUUGUGAACACUUGUUGUGAGGAUGCUUUGAUCUGGCAAUGGGAGACAUUCGUGGAUGACAAUGCCAGAUCAAUCACUGGAGCAUGGGCAGAGUCGCAGCGCGUGGCCGACGCCCGGGCAGAGGUCAUCCUGUUAUUGAUAGAAAAGGGUGCAGAUCUCUCCGCUGAAAUCAAAACAGCUAGAGGACAAAGCCUGCCAGCUAGGAGGGUGAUUUUGGAUUCCUUGAGGGCUUGGGCAUCUCCAGAUGUUUAUAACGCGUUGAAGGAGUCGGUGGAGAAGGCCGAGAACUCUUCAAGAAAAAAAGGAGGAACAAUCUGGCGAUUACGCAAGUAG